UGUUCAUACUUCCAAGCAAUGCUGCUGUUCCCCUGAGGCUUACACAAAUAUUCUGUUUAUUAUCACUCUUUAUUUUGGAAAAGGAAAUGUCUAAAUGUAUCAGCUCAUCGCGCUGACGCAGCUUGACCCAGGAGUGAAUAAGAAGCCUUUCUGCAAAUGGACCUUCCUUGUAAUCUUGCCAAAGACGACUUUUAAGCUAUUUGUUGUUAAAUGCGUCAGCUCCUAGGACAGCAGCCCCCUCCCUCCUUCCCUCUUAUCUUUUUUUUUUUCCCCUUGUAGGGCGUGUUAAACGCUUUCCGUGGUGCUGAAACAAUCCUACACCGCUUCUCCGGGAUACUGACUAUCUGUUCUUCUGCUUUACAUUUGAAGAUCAUUUGUCGGUUUUUACAAAUCAACUGAUCGACUUCUUGGAGUGAGCCAUUUGUUCAACUGGAUUUACAGUUUGCUGCAACAAUGAAAGUCUACAUCAGCUGGAUUUAGAGAGACAAAACUUACACCAGGGCUUGUUGAACUUUUUCCAUUUUUCAUAUUCUGUUUUGCCUUUUAGUUUUUUGUAACCUAUGGUGCUAACACUGGAACUACAAGCUGGUCCUGUUUUGUUUUCCUCUGAGCAUGCAGUGACUCUGUGAUGUCUUUAUUUCUGUGUUUCCAACCUGGAAUCUUUAAACGCAUCAUCAGUGUUGUUUUACAUUUCUAAUUUGAUUGUUGUGGCUGGAAGGGGUUUGGUUCUGAUCCCAACAGAUAUGUUUUCCAUCAGAUGCAGAACAGUGAUAGUUUUCAGCGUUUGCCUUCUCACUCCCACACUUGCCUCCUCAAUUCAAAGAUGUGGAACGGGGUCCUGCAGCUAUGAUCCGAUCUGCUGCAAAAACAUCUCCUCCUAUAUCCCCUGUUGUAAACCACGCGUGGACCACACCUACUACAACAUCGCCAUGGUGACCCGGAAACUUUCCGGAGUGCUCAUUAUGCUGCUGCUCUUCGCCCUGGGCUACUUUAUCCAGAGGAUGCUGUGUUCCAAGUCUAGGCAGCAGAGCCCCCCACACAACGGCCCGCCGCCGGUCACCACAUCUCAAGAAAUGCUGAUGGAGAGCUGUUCGAGGGAAACUUUAGCUGAUCCACCUUUGGCUCAUGCGUCAGCUGUGAAACUACCCACAUAUGAGGAAUGCAGAGAUCUCCCAACCUACGAAGAGACAAUCAAGGAUGGAAGCAGAGGACGAGCCGGUCCCUCCAAUAUGAACGACUCGAACAUUAAUUGAAUACAAUUAAACUUUGAAACAGCAGCAUGGGGUAUGACUUUAAAUCAGUUUCUAUCUGAUCCUUUAAGCAACUGUUUAGAUUUUAAGUAAAAAGUUGUCAAGGAUGUUUGUUUUUCCAAGAUGUGACUUUUGUUGAAGCAGGGUAAGAAUGACACAAAUUUUCUGCUCUUAGAGUUUAAAUGUUAUAAAUCUAUAAUAGUGAAUUGUUAAAGAUUCUAAUACCAGCCCAAACCAGAAUCAACAGUGGUUAAAGAGAAACGUAUCAUUUGAACAUAGGCUUUUAAACAAAAUUGGUUAAUUAAGGUCGAUUUUAUUUCUUAAUAGAAAUUAUUCAAGAUUAUCUAGAAUACAUUAGAUGAAAAAGCCCAACUGACUUUUGAAAUGUUCGCUCAACUAAAUUUUGUCUAAAAGACACCAGAAAAAUAGGUUUCAAUUAGAGAGAAACAAUCUUAAACUAAUAAACAUAUUUUCUCUAA